GUCGGCCCUCCCGUGACCCCGUCCCACCGACUCCCCCUCGAAUCCUCCCCCUCUGGUGCCUCACGCCGGCGCUGCCCCUGCCGCCGCCGCGGGCUCGUUGCUGCCGCCGCCACCUCUGCUGCGCCAUCCCCCGUCUAUCCUGCUGUGCCGCUGCCGCCACCUCUGCUGCGCUAUCCCCCGUCUCUUCUGCUGUGCCGCGCCGCCGCGGGCUCGUUGCCGCCGCCGCCGCCUCUGGUGCUGUGCCGCGGCGCUGCGGGAUCGUUGCCGACGCCUCUUCUGCGCCAUCCACGGUCCCUGCUGCUGCUGUGCCGCCCCUGCCUGUUCUUCUCUCCAGACGAUGAGGCUGAGGUGGGGGUGGUCGAGGGCAGAGGCGAUUUUUUCCCCUCUCCGACGGAGGCUUCGGUUCUUCUCUUUCCCGCCCAGUAAGCUGGUGCUCCGCUUGUUGUUGUGUUCUUCGUCGGCCGUUUCUGUGAGCUUUGCUCCGCUUGUUGCGCUUCUGGCCUUGGCUUCUGGUGGCGGCAUCAUUAUGGUUUCGGAGCUGCUCAACUCGAGAGGGUCUGGUUUAUUCUGUGGCAGUGUGCACUGGCUUAAUUUGGGGGUUUCAUUUCAGCGUGCAGUUGCUACUCAGCUUAAUUAGCUAUAGGGAAAAAACUUCUUGCAGCGUUAGUUACAGUGUGCAGCGUGUUGUGUGAUCUGAUGAUCCCUGAGAGUAUGUAAUGUAUAGUUCCUGAUUAACAGAACAGUGUAUGAAUUUUGGUAUUCAUCUCCUGACCAACUCAUAGACAUUGAUUCUGCUAGACUAGAUGUCUCUUCUGUGGGUUUUAGUUUUAGUUACUCUGCACCUCUCCUUUUUCCUUUCUACAAAAUUUGUGCAAGAAACUGUUGGGAUGAAAUUCCACUCUCAGAUGAGUAGGACAAUAAGAUCAUCAUCAUCAGGGAAACCCCUGCGAUUCUUAUUCCCUGUGUGCUCCAAAAAGCUUGAACAGAAACCUCAAACCUUACGUGACAAGGAAAUCACUGUCCAUGGAUCUAGGAGGACCAUCCGGCGACAUUUUUCUGCUGCAUUUCAGUCGGUGUUCAUGGUACGACACAACUGGCCUUGUCGGUCGAUUCUUUCCUGGUCGAUUUGCGCUCACGGUGAUCCAUGCUGAAUUAACACUCAUUUUGAUCAACUUGUUAGCUAAUGAAUUAAACACUCAUUUGCUACCAGCAUGAACAACUGUCCAUGAACUCACCCUGAGUGCCUCAUCUGCAUCCUUGUGACACCAAUUCAGGACCUACCAUCCGUGUCAAUUGCUGUACACAAGUCCUGGGGGAUCCUAAUUGGACACCCAAUUGCACAAGUGCCACUACAUCAGCCAGCUGGGUUGAUCAUUUGUCCGUUUGUGUUACGGAUGCUGGGUGGCAAACUAGCUAGUCCAAUUUUUGGAUGAAAAGAACAUGACACUGGUAAGUCAUUCCUCGUCAUUUUUAAUUUAUAGAUUGUUUUGUCUCUUUUAAAAUUGCAUUCUCCUGUACAAGUUUUGCACUAUGCUAUCGCUGCAAUCAUAAUGUUGCCAAAUUGCAAUUGCACCACCUCAUCUACUCGUUUUCAUUCAAUUUUGAUGGUGUUUUAAUUUGUAACUGCACUGAUAAUUGCACUGUUGCAGUUCAGCCUUCUGUAUAUUUUUUGAGUGCACUUCUUUUAUUUUGUGAUUUUCUGGUUGAAUGGUCUCAGCCCCGCUAGAAGUUAUUGAUUUAGUUUGUCGCAAUAAUGAGGAUAAGCUCAAUUUUUGUUCCUUUCUUCUCUUUUAGGAAUCUGUUUAUAAAUUGCAGCCUCUUCUAAAUCAAAUUGCACUUCUUCUGUUGCAACAUUAGAUACUUCAGACUGCAAUUCCAGAUUUUAGGCUUCUAGCUACGUUUCGAUUUUUGCGUUCUAAAUUAUGCAAUCUAUCCCAAUUGUAUUUUUUUCAUCAAAUAUAAGUGCACUGCCUUCUCUCUACUCCAAUAAUUGCUUUUAUUGUUCUCUUUUUGCUAUUUUUUGCAAUCGAAGCGCUUGAUAUCUGCUAGUCACUAUGUAAUCUGCCCUUAAUGGGAUGCUUUUAUUGGACAAUUUAGCUCUGUCGAAAUUCUAGCAUUCUCUAUCGUUAAAUUCUAUGUCUAUAUGACAAAACUGAGGUGACAGCAGCCACAGCUGAUUGGUUUUGGGGGAGUUUUUUCUUAAUUAUUGCACUCUCCUAGGCCAAAUUUUGCACUGUUCCAUCAAUGCAAUUAUGAUGUAGUCAAGUUGCAAUUACACUGCCUCCUCGACUUGCGUAACUUUUAUUUUUUUUGCAAUUCCAAGCACUUAACCGGUUAAUGCGGCCAUUUCAACUGGUUGUCAUUAUUUUGGUUGUUUUCCUUGUAGCAUUUUUGGAGGGAAAUUUUCUGUAAUGGAGAACAAAAUAUAAUAGGUUACAGUAGAAAGCCCAAUUAAUAAUUUCUGGAGGGAAAAACACAUAAGACUGCUAUUUUUGUUUUUGUCCAUUAGAUCUUUGAUGUACAACUUGCUUUUGCCGCUUUGGUCCUGGAGCAGCAGCAUUCCUUGUCCAUCGCUUAACCAAGAUCAACAUCAAGGAAGGCAUGGCAAUUAUCUAUGUGUUUGUUAAAUAUGACAUUUUUUAUGUUUUUAUUUUUGUAAUUACUUGUUUUUGCCGCUGUUACCCUUUUUGGGCAGGGCUCUUUUGUGUGUGUAUGUGUGUUGCUGGAUGUCUGAAACAUUUUCAGGGUGUGUUUUUAGCUAGUUAGUACUAAUUGGUUUCUUGAUUCUUUCAAAAAUUCCCGGAACCAAUAUCAAAUGGCCUUAGGACAGCUAACAAAGGCGAUAUUCUUAUUUACACUGGAGAGCCGGAGGUCGCAACCGAACUCAAGUUUCAUAUUGACUCCGACAGACGCCUGGUCUGGAAGAAGAGAAGAAUCAUAUUUCUGUUCUUCAAGGAGAUGUCCUGCCUAGUAGUCUAUGUUAAGAAGCUCUGAGUAUCUUGGUAGCAACUUUUUUGAAGCACUGAACCAAGCAACUCUAAUGGGUUGUGUUUGCAUGCCCAUCCCUAAACUGCAUGCAUAUAUGGAUGAACUGGUACCUUUUCUGUCCGUGUUAUGUGUGAUUACCAUCGCAGCACACCAUGUUUCUUGCACCACUUUAUUUGUUGAUUGUGACAUAUGUUUUUUGUUUUGUAUAUGGUUUACUUAUGAGCUUUGGACACUUUGGUUUGGGGACGCAGAUGUUUCGUCGAAUCAGCAGUGAACAGGUACUUUACUACUUGCUGCGAUCUGUCCCCUUGAUGCCAUUUAAUAAAAUGAAAUUACGUGCACUUUACUACUAGCAAUCAAACAUCGCAUGAAAUGCAAUUGUAGCUUAUUGACACUGGAAUUGCAGUCCAGUUUUGAAUUUUGCUGAUUGUUGCUUCUUUUGUUCACCACAUGAAUUUCAGUUUGUGUAACACUGGAAUUGCAUGUGGUCUAACAUGUGCAAUAGCAUCUUGUCAAAUGCAAUUGUAAUUGUUUCUCAUUGUGGAGCAGUUGUUAUGUUCAUUACCCUUAGAUUCUUAGUUUUCUUUAUCAUAUAGACUUUUUGAAAUUGUCACUCAGUUACUGUACUGUGUUUCCUUUUGCUGUAGCUGAAAUGCAUGUAAGUGCCAUUUUAUUUUGUUUAUGUGUCUAGUUUUCUUUUUUAAAAAGCACAUGACUAGUUUUUGGCCACAAAUCAGGUGACUGAAUUUUUGUCAGAAAUCAGGCGACUGUUUUCUUUGGAGUGAUUUUUGGGCCCAAAUCAGGCGCCUAUUCUAUACACAGAGCCUUAGUAAUUCUACAUCAUGAACUACAGUUAACGCUAACUCACAGAACCAUAUUUCAUGGAAAAGUUCUUUAAGAAAUCCUAAAUUAAUUGUAUCGUAGAACCACAUUUCUACGGACAAACUUUCUCGGAUAGCCAAAAUCUCACAGAUUAGAUCAUUUCACCUAGUUUUCUUCUGCUCCCCAUGUCAUCUUCUUCCUCCUCCAGCCAUCACCGUGGCCAAGCAGGACAUCGCCUCCAUUGCCGAGCAGCACACCGUUGUCGUGGCUGACUUCGCGUCCCGCUCGCCUCAGCCUUGAUCCCUUCAACCUACGUGGCCUUGAAUCCGUGCCUGAGCCGUCCUUUAUCGCCUCAAUCACUAUAAAUGUCCAAAAAUUUUAGCACCAUCUUUUUCCAGCUUCUAGCUCUGCGAUUGGCUGCCACCCAUUCUCAAAGGUACUGCGCCACCUCCAUCCGAUUAGCCUCCACCUUCUCUAUCUCCUCCACCCCUUGAUGCGCCACCCUGAUCGCCGCACCACCUCCAUUCAAAAGUAAUUCGCCACUUCUUGUCUUAUGACAUGAGGGUCCUAUCCGUCAGGAUUCCUUGAGACAAUUAACUGGUUCCAUGAAACCCUAGGCCACGAGAAGCGUGGUUUUAACCUAUUUUUUUUAGAAGCGCGGUUUUAAGUAUGCCGCGGUCCACGGGCGUACAUUUGCCGGGCUGGCUUGGCAGUUGGCAGGUUCGCAGAAGCCCGCGUCCACCCUGAGGCUGAGAGCCUGAGAGGUGCCAGCAAAGCCCAUUCCGGACUUCCAGACUGGAGUUCCAGUCGCUUCUCGUUUUCAGACAUCGUGCCGAGCUCCGCGGAGGACCUGGGAUCCCGUCAAUUUUCCUCCCUCCCUCCCUCCGUCCGGUCAAGCGGCGGCUCCCACCGCCACGCCGCGCCGUCCAGCCAUGGCGGCCGUCUCUGGCUCCUCCGACGGUGGCAGCGAAACGCGGCUGGUUGACCGCUGCAUAGAUGCAGCGGCGCGUGGCCCUGCCACCGUGGAUGCCUGGCGCCGGCAGCGCCGGUCGCUGGAGCGCCUCCCCGGGCAGCUGGCGGACGCGCUGCUCCAACGCCUCGCCGCCCGCCGCCUCCUUUCCCCCUCCCUACUCGAGGUUUUCCGGCACUCGGUGGAGGAGAUCGACUUGAGCGGGAACAUCGCUGUAGAUGCGGAGUGGCUAGCUUACCUCGGCUCGUUCCGGUACCUGAGGGUCCUCAAGCUGGCGGAUUGCAAGAAUGUCAACAACUCUGCUGUCUGGGCACUCUCAGGCAUGAGUACUCUGAAAGAAUUGGUCUUGUCGAGAUGCUCAAGGAUAUCAGAUGCGGGCAUCAAACAUAUAGUCUCCAUUGAUAGUUUGGAGAAGCUACACUUAUCUGAGACUGGAUUGACUGACAAUGGGGUGACGCUGAUCUCUGCACUACAAAACUUAGAUUUGCUAGAUUUGGGAGGAAUUCAUAUGACUGACAAAACCUUGCGGUCACUACAGGUAUUGACACGUCUUGAGCACCUUGAUAUAUGGGGUAGUGAAAUUACAAAUGAGGGAGCUUCAGUCCUUAAAGCAUUUACAAGAUUGAGUUUCUUAAAUGUUUCUUGGACACAUGUGACUCGCUUACCACCUCUUCCAAACCUGCAACAUCUUAAUAUGAGCAACUGCACAAUUCAUUCUAUUCGUGAUGGGGAUUCUGAAGUUAAUGUUCCUCUGGAAAAGUUUACUGUCUGUGCGGCCUCAUUCGGUAACAUUUUUGAAGUGUUCUCCAGCAUCCAAGGAAGCUCAUUGUUGUACUUGGACAUGUCCGGUUGUUCUUUAAGCAACUUGCAUAUCUUUGAAAAGAUGAAACAUAUAGAGCAUCUGGACCUUAGCUUCAGCAGAAUAACAGAUGCUGCAAUCCAGCAUGUUGCAAAUAUUGGAAUGAACCUGAGACACCUAAGCCUCAAGAAUACUGGAAUAACCUCUCAGGCACCAUGUAUUUUGGCAGGAACAGUUCCAAACCUGUCUUCGCUGUCUUUAGCUUAUACAGAAAUUGAUGAUUCUGCUCUAGCAUAUAUCAGCAUGAUGCCUUCACUGAGAGUGAUAGAUCUAAGUCACACAAGUAUUAAAGGGUUCACUUGUGUUGAAGUAAACUCGGAGAAAAUACCGUCGAUGCCUCCACUUGAGCAUCUGAUGUACCUUGAAAGUCUCAAUCUGGAGGACACAGCACUGUCAGAUGAAGUCAUACCUCCCUUGGCAUCCUUCAGAGCUAUAAAAUAUUUGUACCUAAAAAGUGAUUUCUUGUCUGAUCCUGCCUUGCAUGCCCUUUCUUCCGCCUCAAAUUUGACACAUCUUGGAUUUUGUGGGAAUAUAUUAUCAGACUCAGGGCUUCUGCAAUUUGUGCCCCCCGCCAAGCUACGUGUGUUAGAUUUAAGCGGCUGCUGGAUCUUGACAGGAGAUGCUGUUUCAACAUUUUGUAAGCACCACCCAGUUAUUGAGGUGACACAUGAACUGUGGCAGGAACUUCAACCAAAUAGUGGUGGUACUUCGCAAGUUCACAAGUCUAGGCAACUUCCAAAGGCAAAAACAGAAGCUGUAAACCGUCAGGCUGGCCCUAGUAGGCUUUCUGGUAUAUUCUUUGUAGAUGAAAGGAUAAAAUACAGCAGGGAGGAAUUGAUGGAGCUCCAACACCUUACAGAAUUAAAUUCAGUGAUGCAUGGUGUGCAUCUUCCACCAGAACUGUGGAGGAUGGGAUGAGACAAAUUCUGGUUUACUUUAUCAUGGACUUCAUCUUGUCAUUUGAUAAAUUAUUUCCACCUUUUCAUUUUGAGAGCGGCAAUUUUGAAUUUUUGUUAUUUGACAUUCCGCUGAUCUCUCUCUCCCUACCGCAAACUGGCCGACUGUUGUAAUAUCAAGAAUUUGAUUGUGUAAUUUGUAUACUUAUGUAACCCUGGCAAAUGAUUGCAAUCAGCUCAGCUGUUAUUGCAUAGGGCAUUUCUUUUUGGUUGUCAGGUGUGAUCACGCUUUUAGAUAUGUGAUGGUUUUUAUCUUCAAA